AUGACAAGAUUCUCCGAACAAGAAAAUGGUUCUGAAAAUGAACUACAUGAUCCUGGAAUAUAUUGUACAGGGGUUGGUUGCAGGGUUGUUCGUGGACCCGAUUGGAAAUGGAACAAACAAGAUGGAGGGGAAGGUCACGUUGGUUCCGUAAGACGAUUUGAUACGUCUGGAGAAGCUAUUGUUGUUUGGGAUUCUGGAAUUGUGGCAAAUUAUCGCUGCGGUGUGCUUGGAUUUGACUUACGUGUCUUGGAUAAUGCACCAACAGGUUCGAAGCAUACUGGAACUAUCUGUGAAAGUUGUCAUGAGUCCCCAAUUUAUGGAAUUCGAUGGAAAUGUGUAGUUUGCCUAAGCACAGAUUUGUGUUCAACUUGUUAUCAUGCUGAUAAGCAUUCGCUGGCUCAUCAAUUUCUAAGGAUUACAGCACCAUACAAAACUAGAGUUAUUGUUGGUCGACGUUUGAAACAAAGGCGUGUAGAAUCAUUUGGUCUUUUCCCUAAAGCCCGAGUUGUUCGCGGCAUAGACUGGAGCUGGGAUAGCCAAGAUUGUGUUUCACCCCUAACGUCGUCAUCAAGUGGAUCGAUACUUCUAGGACCAACAGGGUCAACUAUUGCUUGCAGGUCUAACUUGAGCUCAAACAACGAAAAAACGUCUGCUGGUCCAAUCCUUUUGCCUACACAAGGACGUAUAACUGGUAGAAGAGAUUGGUAUCAAUGGGCACCGCGUUCAGCAGCUUUGGUCGCCUGGGAUAGUGGAGCGUAUAAUGUUUAUCGAGUUGGAUAUGGAGGAUUAGUUGACCUCAAAGCAAUAAGACCCUCUAAAGGUGGAAUGUAUUACGUUGAUCACCUUCCUCUUCUUGCUGAUUUAAGGCAAUAUUCUGAUGAAGCUUGUGUGCCUGACGAAUCAAACGGUGAGGUAUCACUUGCAACGAGACAUGACUUAGAAAGAGGUCCUGUGGUUCCAAACUGGACUAAUCUUCACGAUCUUGAGUCUCGUCGCCGUCAAACAACUCGAAAUGUUGAGGAUGUAUACGUUUAUCGGAGUAGAAUUUCUAGGAAUGAUGGAACAUUAUAUAGUUCUUCAAAUAGUGGACAAUAUACAGAUACCGGAUAUAGAACAAACAGUAAUGUGUUAUCAAACGAAGAGCCUGCAGCAUCCAGCUGUUUGAACGUAUGCACUCUUGCUAGCAGACUGCAUCUACAGCCUUCCUCAAUCGAGAGUUCGCAUAGCACUAAUGUUACUUCACGGCGAUCACAUUCACGACUAAGUCGACCACAAUAUGGUUGGUCUACAGACAGAGAGACUGAAGAACUAGGUUCUCCACGUGCAGCUAACAUGCCAAGUAGUACCAGUGGUCUACGGAGUUUCGGUCAAACUGCCCGUACCCUGUUGACUGAUUUCUUAAGAACCAAUGCUUUAAAUCAUCGGCACCUACAAGCCGGGGUAAUUCAAAUCCAGCAAACCAGAAUCAUUCAACAAAUCAUUCUCGUUCACAUAAUAACGAUCAUUUGUCGACAGCUGUUCGCGACAACCGACCAACAAGCAUACAGUGUUCAACAAAUGAUCAAAGAAUUAUUCAAAAUGCCCGAGAACUUAAUAUUUCUUCUGUUUCGCACAACCAAUGUAGAAAUUCUCAAUCACGCAUUGCUAUCACUAAUCGUGGGAGAGUUCUCACCUUGUAUACCAGAGAUGGAUUGCAUAAUAGUUCUUCUUCUAAUCAAGACUUAA